AUGGUGCCUCCCGCGAUUGCCGUCGCAGCUGCUGCGGCUCGGCGCGCGCCGCCCCUCCUCGCCCUAAUUCCCAAUCGUCACCUUCGCCCCUUCAGUCCCCUCGGUCCGCUCGGUCCUCUCGCCCCCCACCGAUUCUCCCCGUUGCGGGAUCCCUGUUUGAAUUCCUUCAAUCUCCUCCGCCUAGACACCUUCACCACAUUUCCGUCGACUAGAACCUCGUUACAGUCCCGCUCGUUACAGUCUCGCGCGUGCAUGGCGCCUCCCGAGUCGCUGAUCUGCGCGGAAGCCCCCGCCAUCGGCGGCGGAGACGGCGGUGAUGCCGAGUCGCGCGCGAUUCCAUGGGGCCACCCGGAGCGGCUCGACCUGGCGAUGGGGUCGCUGGUGGACGACAAAACGCGGCUCCGCAAGGACGUGAAGAAGGCGCUUCGGGGACUGACCGAGGAGCAACGCGCGGCUGAAGACGUGGCAGUGCAGCGCCACGUGUUGCAAGCUGAUUGGUUCAGAUCUGCUCAGCGCGUGGCUGCUUACAUCAGCUGCCGGAAAUUAAGGGAGGUGGAGACUGCUGACGUCAUCAGCGACUUGCUAGGGCGAGGAGCCAGUCUCUUUGUGCCACGUGUCAUGGACAGCGAGAGCCACAUGGUGAUGCUGAAAAUCAACUCUGUGGAUGUGGUGGGGGAGGGCGGAGGGCAGGGGGGAGGGGAGCGGGAUAGAGAGGCGGUAAAGACGCAAGAGCAAGGAGCAGGAGCAGACGCAGCAGGGGACUUGGAGCGCAAUGGGAUGGGAAUACUGGAGCCCACCCUGACCCUCACAGAUGGACGACCACGAUCAGACGUGUACAGUGAACAGCAGCCGUUGGAUCUGAUUCUCGUGCCGGGAUUGGCGUUUGAUCGCAGUGGUGGGAGACUGGGGCGAGGAGGAGGGUACUACGACGUGUUUCUCUCGCAGUACUUGGAGCAUGCCCAGGCCAAGAAGUGGAAGCAACCGCUCAUAGUGGCACUGGCAUACAAGGCGCAGAUUCUCUCCUUGCCCCUCCCCAUGGAGACAUCGGACGUCCCCGUUAGUGGCAUUGUGUGUGCUGAUGGCUUCCUUGCACCCCAUUAA